AUGGUUGAAACCUACAGGGACUGGCCGGAGAAACUUCCAUUCGCACUUUGGGGUUACAAAACGUCAAUCCGAACAUCUACAGGAGCAACCUCUUAUUCUCUUGUUUAUGGGAUGGAAGCUGUUCUACCAAUCGAGAUUGAAGUACCGUCGCUAAGAAUUAUGGUUGAGUUUUUAACUUACCACUUCAUGCACUGCGCAGGCUGUUCAGAAGAAUACGUUGCUUACCAACGUGUUCUUGAAUUGCAAAAAAUAGCUAAGACAGAGGUGGUUGAGGUAGAAGCGAAAGACGCUGAGAUUAAGGCACUGAAGGCAUCUCUGGCGAAGCUGAGUGCCGAGAAAGAAAAGCUGGCCGAGUAG